CACAAAUGGACGAUUGACUGCAAAUUUUUGUGACACCGCGUUCUGAAUGGGGACUCAUUGAAACGAUUGUGUGCGGAUAAACAUUACAGACCGGCUUCGUAGCGCGAUCUUCGGAGAUUAGUCACUGAUUGAAUAUCAGGAUGAUAGACUGGUAAUUGAAUAUAUUGACUGAACGCUUUGCGUCCCGCACAGAGAGGCAUAUUUUACGAGUUAAAUCCUCUACUUGAAACACGCCAAAGAAAACGUUUUAAUGAGUGUUUAAUUUUCACAAGUAUGCGCGUUUCUUCUUGAAAAAUGUUGUAAAAUGGGGAAAAUUAUUUUGUAUAAAUUGACCAAAGUAUCUGAUCUGAAAUCCUCUAAUUUUAUCGAGUAUGAUAUGAUGGAAUAUAUGGAAACGGAAAACGUCACCGUAUCUCCUAAUACCGUAAUAACUAUGACGUCGGACUGUAUUCACACGGCAACGCUCGCGGUGUGCACAGUGCUCGUGAUCUUCGUGCUGUUUCUCGGCUGUGCAGGAAAUGGAAUCGUCUUGUUUAACGCGCUGACAACCAAGCGGCACCGGCACGCCAGCGACCUCCUAGUGAUUAAUCUUGCCGGCGCAGACUUCAUAAUGUGCACGUGCCUGUCGCCGAUGUUCCUUUUCCUUUUGUUUUCAACGUCAGAAAUACCAAAAGUGUUUUGCGCGAGCAUUUUAUUUCUUGGAGUCACCAGCGGCCUUCUGUCGCUGCUGAGUCUCGUCUCAGUCGCCAUGCACCGGAAGUGUCGAGUCGCCGGCCUGUUGCGCAAGUCCAUGAGUUUAUCGAAGAUUUCUGUCGUUGUCGGCAUAAUCUGGAUUAUUAGCGUCACCGUUGCCGUCGCCGGAACCCUACACGUGACGCUUUUGUGGAAAGACGAGACAAUAAAUGAGUGUACAAAUGUGAUUAAUGGAGGUAAAAGUGGUAGUUUCGUCCUGUACUAUCUGUCACCGGUGACAAUAGUAGGAUUAUUAUUAAUUUGUGUGUGUUACGGGAGCAUAGCGAGCGCCGCCCGAGGGCAUCAAAACUAUGGUCAGUUAGGUAUGGCCCCCAGGGCAGGCGGUUGCCAUAGUAACACGAAUUGCGUGAACCGCAAAAUUGACAACCAACAAUUUUGUGCUGAUAAAUGUUCAUCCCCUAGUCCCGAUUCAAGUACUGAUAAUGGAAAUAAAGCCUUAAUUAUGUGCUUCGUCGUAACUCUUACUGUUUCAUUGUGUUGGGGACCAUUAAUUAUGUCGCAGUUUGUUCAGAUCUUUACGGGGGAAACUAUUAUAUUGUACCAGGUUAAAUUAUGUGGCAUUGCUUUGAUAUUUCUCAAUAGUGCCUUAAACCCUUAUCUUUAUGGUCAGAAUAACUGCAAGACGAAACAUAGAUAUAUUAAAUGGUUAUACGCGUGUGCGCGCUGCGAAUAUUCCCUACCUAUAAAGCACAAACUGAAACAAAACUUGGAUCACGAACUUGAGCAGUGUCCCCUUAAGGGAUCGCCGCCAAACCAGGACGAUACGGUGAGCGGCCCGAUUUCCGGCCCCUCGUGCAACUCGUGUAGCGACUGUCGCGUCACGGACGCUCUGCACGCGCGCCAGUACCUGACAAACAUCUGGUACGCACAGCUUCUUAUGACCAGUUUCCGGGACUCGUAUUCAGUAAAAACAGCGCCCGUGGAAAACGUGUGAAAUUGAUCCGGUUAUUAUUUUUAUAUUAACCGAUGUUGUGUUUUUUUUAAGAAUGUGCCAAUUUGAAGGACAAUCGGAAUUGAGCUUUGCUGGUACUCGAAAAGAUUCCUAGUGAAAACUUUAAUUUCUUCCAUGCAUAUAAUUUAUUAAAAAUGAUAAGUAACUAAGAUAUUCGUGCAUAAAUUUAAAAAUCUUUGGUCCGAGUAUUGGUUUAUUUACAUUGUACAAAACUAGACAAGCGUUGUUUAAAUUAUUAUUUUUUCGACAUGUAUAAACGUUAGUACCCUGUCAUUGGAUUUCGCAAAUGCACUUUGAUUUAAAGUGCAUCUAAGUAUAACGUUUGUUUAUAUUGCUUUUAAAUAAUUUGUUAUAACAGUACCAUCGACAUUGCUCGUUUAAUAGCAUAUACAUUAACGUUUGUGAUUAAACUUCCCUUGUUAAUUAGCGAGUUAAUUAAUUGUUCACCGCAUGUUAAGCGAGCGUAGCCAUUUUGUUAUUAUAUUUUUAAACUAUGAUAUCUUACUUUAAAAAAAUAUGUUCCGUUUUUUUAUGUUCCCUAUGUUUACUGCUUGCGCGUAUAUCAUUUUAUAUCGAUAUGGCUGAUUUUAGAUAAUAAAACUUGUUUUUUUGGUUUCCUUUUGUAUUAUUCAUAUAUAAUCAAUGCCAUGCGUGAAGGCAUUUUACAAUGCCCGAAAUUAUUUAUCACCGACAAUUGUACAAUAAUGUUGAAAGUCAAAUGUCUUUCGUAUGCUAAUGUCCCUGGCAA